UGCCGCAAUGUUGGCAGCUACUACCAGUUAAUGCAUUUUCACUGGUAGAACGGUGACGCUAAAUGAUACGGUUUGCUGUUCACGAGAAACUCGAAACUAUCCGUGACUCAAAGUAAUAUAUCAAAAUUAUACACUAUAUCAAAACUAUAAUUUCGUUGGAUUAUUGAAAAUAAGCUACGAACAAAGAUUACAUUUUUCUUCUAUAUGCGCGAAAUAAGCAAAAUGAUUAUUUUGUUAAUAAAAAACUUUUAAAAGUCAUAUAAUUGCGAUAAAAAUUAGUAAUCAGGGUCAGCGAUAAAGAAAUGAUUUCGGUAAACAAGCGAAACUCAGUGUUCAUCAGCUUGACUCGAUUAUCCUCGCGUGGCGACUGGGAUGGGGGAGGUUGUCGGCACUGGCGAGCAUCUGCGACGGAGAACAAAACGCCAGAGCGAAAAGAAACGCGUUAGCCAGAACAACGAGGAGAAACGAUUGGUGGACAAAGAACACGAAUGUAUUAUGGCACGUGUGACGAAGAGAAAGAAACCUUACGCCGAUUCCUCUCGAGGUCGGACAUGGGAAUGAAACAGAAAAAGAUAGAGACUGGUCCGCCGACUAUUCUGGUACAUAUGCAACAAACGCGAUGCACGUCAACUAGAAAUGAAAAAAAUUAUCAUUCUCAUGUAUAUAUGCACUUUAUAUCGAAUUCGCUAUAAAUGAUAAAAACAUUUGAGAGUGUAGUAACAAGUGAUUUAAAAUAUAAAUAUAAUUAUUCAUAUUAUUUUUUAAUAUAUAUAUAUAUAUAUAUAUAUAUAUAUAUACAUUUUUUUUAUUAAUUUUUAAUAUAAACAAUUUUUAAAGUCAUACGAUAUGAAUCGAAUGUUACGAUUACAAUGAAAUCAAUUUUAUAUCCAUAUAAAACGAUAAAAAAUUAAUAAUAAAGCAAUUGGAAAAAAAUAGAAAUAAUUACAAAUAGAAUUAGAGAAAACAAUGUUGAACGGAAAAAUAGAGCAACGACUCUUUCGGUUAAAAGAGAAAGAAACGUAAUGGAAUAAUACGCAGAAAAAGGACGCACGAAUCGCUUUGUAAAAGAAAAGAGAUAAAGAUAUAGCACGAGUACGAGUAGUGAAGAGGGAAGUGAGAGUGGAAGGGAGAGAGUGCCACGCGACGUGCUAGGCGGUGAAAGAGAGAGAGGUGGUUGACGCAAAAGGAGUAGGGAUAGUAAUCGAGUGGCUUGGUGAGCGGUGGAUGGUAUCCUGCUUGAGGGGACGGUCGGUGAGGGAGGCGAGGACAAAUGACGAGGCGCGCGAGCCAUCAGGGCCGUAUGCUAGAGAACACGCGACACGCGUUCCGGGAGCCAUGGCUCGCGCGCGACCUUAACCCUUAAGUAGUGUGAUUAAUAAAAAUGAACGAAUAGAAAAAUGCCAUGAUUCUGAAUUUAACAAAUAUAUAUAAAUUUUAAUAUUUUUAUUAUAACUUUAUGAGAAUUUUUCUAAAGUUAUUACAAAUAUCAUUAUAACUUUAUGGGAGCUUUUCUAGAGUUUACUUAUAUGUUAUAAUUUAUAUGAAAUGAUUUUAACAUUUUAAUGUUAGUUUAAAUUGCUCAUUGUAUCCAAUUGAAAUUGCUUUUACACUCUACUGUGGCAUAAAGCGGUUCACGAGGUAUUCGUAAUGAGAUUUCAUAUCGUUCAUAAGUCUACAGGUUAUUCGCGUUGAUUCAUCGCAAAACAUUAUAAUUCAACUAAAAUGUUUUUAUCGAAGAUAUUGCUUUUCGUAUGAUUAUUAAUAGUCAAAUUUUUGUAUCGUGAUUUUUAGAUAUGAACGCGUUUCCAUGAACAUUAUCAAAUAUAUAUUACAAAUAUUUAUUACAAAUAUUCACUACAAAUAUUCAUAUUGAUAAAUAUUUGCUUUAAAAAAAAUUUAAACAAUACAAUAAAUUCAAGCAAAUUGAUAAUUGCAUUUAAAAUAUUAAUGAAAACGGUAUCAACUGCUUAAAUAUUUAUAUCUCAUUUCCUAAAAACCAUACUAAAAAGUAGCAGGUUAAAAUCUGGAGACGUAUAACUUUGCGUUUACUGGCCAGUUACCGGUAACCCGGGCUACCCAGAGAGUGGCGAUGGAGCCUUCAUGAAAGACGAAGUGCAAGAAUCGUAACGUUGAAGUGAGAUAAAAGAUCGGACUUGCUAAUAGAGUGGGAGAGGAUAUAGGCAAAGAGCGAGACAAACAUUGAAAUAAAACAGGAAAGAAGUUAGGGGCCAAGGGAGGAACUGAAAUAGAGAGUAGAGGAGGAUUCACAAGUGCCUCGUGGACUUCUGCAUUAACGGUCUGAGACUACAAAGUAUGAGAGAGAAAGAAGAAACAGAGAAAUGUGUAUAUGUAUAUACGCUUACCGAUCAGAUCUAUACACUUAAGGACUUAAACCUGAAGUAGUCUUUCGUUGUACUAACCUGUGCAUCAUUAUUAAUUCGAAACAGACGCGUUGUUACAAUUUUUGGUUAAUACAUAUUUAUUUUAUUUCUGAUGUUUUAAAUUUAUUAUUGAUUAAAAUAUAGUAUAAACCAAUUUAUAUAAUGUAAUUUGACUAACGUAACUUUGGUGAAAUACGAAUAGUAUUUUUCUCGAAAUUAAAUCAUGCUAGUAGUCAUUUUUUUCGAAAUUAAAUAAUUGCAUAAAAGAAUACGUUUUUUUUUUUAACUCAUCUUCGCUAGAAUCACUUCGUUCCAGAAUUUAUAUUACGAUCUUUACCGCACUCCAUAUAUGUAUUCAGAGGAAAAAAGAGCGAAAGAGGGAGCGUACAAAGUGCGGCAAAGCGAGAUAAGGACGGAGAAAGCAGAAAUAGAGAGAAAGGGGUGCAGAUAGUUGGCACGGGUCGGUGAGAGGAAGAGUGGGAGGGACAGACGUUCUACCGUUGCUUGGAACGAGCAAGCUUGGUUCGAAAACGUAGGGCGAGAGGGAGCCGAAGAGUGGGGAGAUGGGGUUUAGCCGAUGGGUAGUGGGGGCCGACUAGUGGGUGGCAGCAGAGGACGGAGUGAUAGGGGAAAUCAGUCGCGGUUCGAGUACCGCCACGUAUGCACGUGAGUGGGUGUGCUCGUCUCUUCGGUGAGCUUUUCUCUCUCACUACCCGCUUACAACGUACUAUAAUCAUCCUUUCUAUUCUUUUCUCCAUUUCUCUAUAUACAUUUCCGUGAAAUAAAUACAAUAGCGUGUUUUCCGGAAUUUUAAAGACUAAAACUCCCGGCUUGUUAUCCGUAUUAUUAGAUCUUUCGAAAGCGCGAGGAUUGAGAGACGCUUGCGCGUCGUUUCUUCCUCUAUCGAAAACAGGAGAUCACCGACACCAAGCCAAUCAGAAACAUCGAUGUAAACAGAAAAUAGAGUUUUAAAUAGAGUUCGUAACUUGCGAGAUAUUCACGUCUAAGAAAUACUAUCUUAUUCUUUUUUUCAUUACUCUCUCCUUCUAUCUUUUUCUUUCGUCAAGUCUCUUUCCAACUUUUUUCCUCCCACUUCCAAUCUCCUGUUUCUCUAUCCAUCUCUAUUGCUCUUAGUUCCAUGACGAAAGAACGUUCGAGAUAAUCUGAGCGAGCGUUUCUUCGAGGGGAAAGUCUUUGAUAUACCAGUUUUCUAUUGUCGCUCGACAGAGCAUUCCGUGUGGUCUCGACGUUUUCGAUAAUACAGACAAUAUUAUUGUUGCUGCUUCCGUGACUGAUCGGUACAAUUCAAAUUCAUAUUUCAAACUUUGGUAACACAAUUGGUUACCGUGGGAAGUGAAGUGAUACAGGAUACUUUAUUGGUGUUAACGAAGAGACUGCAAAAACUUAAGGGCUGAACGGAGGCAAAGCAGGAGUUGGAACAGAGGGUUAGGAUGCUCGACUUCGAACAACAGGCGAAUCAGGCACAGGCCCUGGCUUCUCUCGACGAGGACUGGCACCUGCUCGAGGCUGCUUUCCGGACCGGCCUCUCGACUUUCUUGUUCCUUUUACUGGCCGCAUGAACGUCUGGCAUCGCGUUCACGGGUUUCAUUGUGAUUUCUUAAUACUCACCGAGGAAAAGUAACGGCGCAGACGUGAAUUUCGUGUUACAUCGACAAAUAUACCAGACGCUAAAAUGAGAUUGGAAGAAGAUCUUGUGAUUCGUAGGAGCAGACCAACGAUGAUUUCUGCGAAAUACCGUGCAAGAGAAGAACGUCGUCGUCUGUUAAAGAUUUCAGCCGGCAAGUUGAGGAGAAUCGAAGACCCGGAGGCCAGCCUAUGCAGAUCGGUUCUUAUAAAUAAUGCUGUCAGGCGACUGCAACGUGAGAACCGAGACGAAAAGACAAGAAAUUACGGACUUCCGGUUGUCACAUAUCUAAAUGACUCCACCAAAGAGAAUAACGUUUCUAGCAAUCUUAUCGUCGGAAUAACGGACGACGAAACGUCUUCAAGAAAAAGAUUAAGCGAUGAUACGAGGAAUGAUGGAAUCAGUCCUAAACGUCAAAGGCAUGACGAUCUCGAUCUACAGGAUGAUGUAUUUAGUGACUUCUAUAUUCUGCCUCCCACUCCUCGAUUACUCUCUCACAUCGACGAGAUUCAGGAACCUGAAUCCCCCCAUCACCAUCACUUGGUGUAUCCUGAGGAUCGCUUAGGUUCCGUGGACGUCCGAUCAGCGACGACGAUCAUUAGCACCAGUACCGCGAACACAACCACCAACAACAGCACAAGCACGUCAGCAAAUAAUUGCUGUAAUUCUAUCAUGUUUUCUACCGAGUUAGAUGGCGCCAGCAGUCAAUUAACCAGCGUUAUUAGAUCCAGUGACGUAGGCAUGAUGGAGGCCUCGGAUGUAGUCGAUCCAGAUAGAAUCUGCGAUUUUGCGAGAUUCGCGGACUCCACAAAGACUUUAGAGGAACGUUUAGUGGAAUUACAAUCGCUGGACGAACAUUUUGAUUUGGCAAAAUUUGAAAGAAACAAUAAUCAGAGUUGCGGCAGGGCAUUCCACGACAUUCAGACUUUUCACAGUCUAGUACCUGGAUUGGAAACCUAGAAGGGAGCCUUGUGCCUGGAGCACCCUCCUCUCGUCACGUCUGGUUCGAUGAAGAAACAAAACCAUGACCAUAACGACAACGACGAUGCGGAUAAACGGCUUCGCGGCACAUAUGAGGAACCACGGCAAGGAUGAACCUGGAUUUGGAAGACGGACACUUUUGUCUGGAAUACAGCGCGUCCUAUGUCACUUUGGCUUGAUGGAAUAUAAGCAUCGUCGACUCGAUUGGACGACUUGUUAAAUGGAUCUAUUUAAUUAUUACGAAGAGAUACGAAGAGCUUUCAACACAUGAUCCAUUGACUUAUGAUUUAUUUUCGUGAUUGAAUUUUUUUGGUCGUUCAACCGUUUCAACGAAUUCUUGAUUCAGAACAGAAUGAAGGGAGGAGGACGAGGAUAAAUAAGAAUUUUUUGAAAUUAUAUGAUGCGUUUUCAUCAACAAUGCAGAAAUCGAUGAAUGGCUAUUUGACUGGAUUUACAGAGUAUUUUCCAUGUGUACGUAACUAAUAGAUUGGUAUCACAAAACCGUGUUCAUAUGAAUAUCGAUACCAAAAUGUUCUGAUACGCAUUACGUAUAUAUAAUUUGUAUAUACUCGAAUAUGUUUUUAAAAGCACAUUAAGGAUUAUAAUAUAAGAGAAUUUGUAGUAAACAUUUUUGGGGAAAAAGAAAAAAAACAUUGCCAAA